AUGGAUAUGGAACCUAACAAUGAUUGUGGUUGGAAGCCAAAACUAGGAAUGCCAUUUGAUUCAAAAGGUGUGUAUUGUUUUUAUAAUGCAUAUGGAGAAAGAAUGGGGUUUAGCACAAGAAGGGAUUGUUGUAACAAGAACAAGUUUACUAAACAAAUUAUUUCUAGAGUUUUUGUUGACAACAAGGAGGGUUUUCGGAAGGUUGACAAGCGAGACCCAUUGACAAAAAACUCUAGAGUUGAAACUAGCACUGGUUGUGAGGUCCAACUUUUUGUUAAAUUGGAUGUGGCUACUGGGAAAUUUGUUGUGAGUAAUUUCAAAGAACACAACCAUGAACUUGUAUCAGUAGAUUGUGCCCACAUGUUGCCAUCGCAGAGAAAGAUAUCAGCUACAAAAGCUAUUCAAUUAGAAUUGGCCUUACAAUCUGGUCUUUGUUUAGAUCAGUCUUUUGAACUCAUGGGUAGGGAAACUGGUGGGAGGCAGUCUCUUGGAUUUAUGAAAUUAGACCAAAAAAAUUAUUUGAGAACCAAAAGACAGAAAAGUUCAGCAUAUGGGGAGGGAGUUACAUUUGAUACUACUUACAAGUUAAAUAAAGAGCAUAGACCCUUUGCAUCUUUUGUGAGAUCAACCAUCAAAGAGAAAUAG